AUCCCUCCACAACCUCCAGAACUCUCUCUCUCUCUCUACCUAAACCAUCUCCAUCCCCAUCCCUUCACAACACCCACCACCGCUUCACCACCACAACACCCACCACCGAUCUUCAACAACAAGACGAUCUUCAACAAUUGAAACAUCAUCAUGGUAACAAGUCACACAAACUCCGGUAGUGAUGUCGAUGAUGAUAAUGACCGAUGAUGAUGAUGAUGAUGUUGAUGAUGAUGAUGAUGAUAGUGAUGGUUGAUGGCGAAAGUGGUGGUGUCGGACAGCGGGUUCGAAGCAGGAAGAAGAGAGAAAGAUCAGUGAGCUUGUUGUUUUACCGGAAACCCGAAGAUGUCGCCGACGGCUGAGCUUGUUGUCAGACAGCGGGUUCGAAGCAGGAAGAAGGAAAUGUUUGUGUUUUUUAGGAUUGAGGGGUAUACAAGUCACAAUUGUCAUUCAGAGGUUAGUCAGACUCCACCCCAUGUAUGACUCGGUCAGACACAAAUAAGAGGCUGGGUAAGUUUUAAGAGGGGUGAAACAAACAAUCUGAAAUCUGACUCAAUCAGACAUGGGGUAUUAAGAGGCUAUUCAGAUGCUACCAAACAGGGCCUAUGUUUGUAAUAAAAUAAAGGGUAAAUUACAUUUUUCGUCCUUUAUGUUUGUAUCGGAUUGCAAUGGAUACCCUUUAACUUUAAUAAUUACAGUCACAAUCCUUUAUUUGGAAAACCGAUUACACAUUUCGUCCUUUAACACUAACCAAGUUACUUUUCAUUGUUAAAUCUAAUCAUGUACAAUGCAUAUGAGGGUAUAAUUGUCUUUUUACAUAUUAUUGAAAAAAACCUAAUCCAUAUAUAGUGAGAGAGAAAGAAAUAAAAAGCCCUAUUUCAUCUUCAUCAUCACCUGAAACAAUCCACCAGCACCAUCCUAAUCCAGCCACAACCACCAUCCUAGUACAGCCACCACAUCUUUCUUAUUGUUACAACUUUGUAACAAGAAACCCAUUUAACGUAACCCACUGAUGACAAAACCCUCAGAUCAGAGACGAUCUAUACGGAGCUUCGCGGUUGUGGCCGAAUCUUGGAGUCUAUCGACGGAUCUCAACGGAGGUUCGUAGUUUUGGCCGAUUAACAGGACACUGUUUUCAACGGUGAUUGUGGUGAUGUUUUCGGUGGAGAACGGGCGACUAGGGAGGAACAAGGCAGAGAGAGGUUUUAGGAGACUGGAGCUCCGGCAGGUUAGAGUCAUGACGACACAGAGUUUAGAUUUAUCGAUUGAUAUGCGAGGCGGCAAGGAAGGCAAUCUACCUCAGAAGCUACACACCCACCUUGUCAUCUUCAGUGCUGACAAUCUUCGUGUGAGCCAAAUUCAGGCCCACUCAUCUGUCGUCAUGGGUAAGAAUUCUUUCAUGAGGCGCUCACUCCAGAUCCAUGCCCCAUCUGCCGGAAAACCUGCUUUUGUUGGCGCAAUUCCUCACAUUAAUGGCAAAGUUGGGUUGAUUUUGACCGAUUGUGACCCAGAGGAAGUGAGUGAAACGGCUGCAGGAUAUAAGUUGCAGCCGCUGGUUUGUUCGUCUAUGGAUAUUGGGAUGUGUUCCCUUUGGCAGUGGUUGCUGGGUUUUCAUAUGAAUUUGCUCACCAAAUGAAGUGGUUUUUCAAAGGUUGAAGAUUAAUUUCAGAAUAAUAAGGAGAUGGAUAAGUUGUUUAUGUGUAUACUUCUUUUAAUAUCAAUGCAGUUAAGCAAAUUUUAUUACAA